UAGAGCUCUUCCAUUUUUCCGUGGAGUUUGGGGGACGCUUUGAACCCCGUUUCAGUUCAGUUUAAUCCUGCCUCUGCCUCAUCCCUAUUUCACAAUCCCACUUGUACUGGCACGCUACUUCUCAUUCGUGCUUUAGGCAUCUCUUGGUCUUCCUUUUUCUCACUCACUUUCAUCUUCCUUCCUUUCUUUCUUUCUCAUCCACUAUGCGAAUUGCGUUCUUUUCCCUCCAUUCACUCCUCUGCUUAAGCUGACACUGUCUUCCUUACAUUGAGCAAAUAAACCCGUUUCUUAACUGCUUCUCCUUUCACAUCACGUGAGCGUCUGACUUCUGACUCGUCUGACCUUUCUUUCUUCUUUCUUUGGUAGCUUCUUUGCUGUUUGCUAUGUUCCUGGCCUUCGGGUUCUUUCUAGUGGCUCAUCUUUAUCCAAUCUGUUUCAUCCCUCAGAAGUUAAAGAACUUCGAAAAUUCGUGGAUUCAGGGUGUCUAACUCCUCUGCUUUUAUAUGUUUUUGUUUAGUUUAGCAUUCAUGGCUCCGUAAGCACUGUUGAGCUAAGCAAAUCCAAGUUCAAGCUGAAUUUUGGCCACUUAAUUACCAGCCAAGUGGGCUUCUUGGCUUUCUCUCGAGCUUUGAUUCUUGUUCAUGAAAUGGAGUCCUGGAGUUAUGAUUCUGACGAAAAAGGGUUUGCGUCCAAUGAUACACUCUCACCUCCUAAUGCACUUUCGAGAAGUAAAGGUUCCAUCUUGGAAUGGGAAUUUAAGAGUCCCCCUGGUAUUUCCAGCGACAUGUUAUCCUCGGGUCAACCUAACGUAGGAAAUCAAGGUUUUGAGGAAAUGGGUUUUCCAGAAAUGUUGGGUAAACGAUUGUCCGAUGAUCCGAUUGGCAGUGUUCCGAGCAGAAAGCUCGAAGGUGGUCCUUUUAUGACCGCCGCCCCAAUUGCGAUUUCUAGAGUUGAGGAUUCCAAUUCCAGGCUUUCCAACUCUCUGGUUGAAUCUAACGGUCGGGAUUCGCUCAUUGAUUUGAAGCUGGGACGAUUUGGCGAUCCCAGAGAAGCCACGGAUUCGGCAUUCUCCAGAGGAACCCCUAUUUUGUCUUCUUCAGAAUCAUCGGCUCCGACCAAGAGAGUACGAGGUUCAGGGGUUCAUUCACAAACCGCCUACUGUCAAGUUUAUGGAUGUCAUAAGGAUCUGAGCGCCUCUAAAGACUACCACAAGAGGCAUAAAGUUUGCGAGGUUCACUCCAAGACUUCCAAAGUUAUAGUCAACGGCAUCGAACAGAGAUUUUGUCAGCAAUGUAGUAGGUUUCACUUGCUGGCUGAAUUUGAUGAUGGUAAGCGCAGCUGUCGCAAACGCCUUGCAGGUCAUAAUGAGCGUCGGCGAAAGCCACAAGUCGGUGUUAGCUCUGGAAAAGCUGCAAGAUUGCUUCAAUCAUACAGCGAUGGCAGGUUCCACGACACCAUGCUAACAACUGCAUCUUUUAUCUGCCAAGAGAUACUUCCCACCGGGACUUUGCGCUCUGAUGAAUAUGGAACAAAUGACUGGUGGAGACCUAUGAAGAACGAAGAUGGGACUGAUUUUAGGCAUCUGCCUGCCAUUCAUCCUCAGUCAAGAUCUCUAUUCCCUUCAUAUAAUGAAAGACAAUUUCCGUUUCUUCAUGAAAAUGGCGCGACAACCAGUACGGGAAGCAUCUUCUGUGAGAACAACAAUCAGUUUCCACCUCCUCCCAUGGGCCCAAAUUCUGGGGCACAAUCUUUAUUCCAAGACACCUCCUUAAGAAGUGGGGGCUUCAAUGUUUAUGACUCGACAUCGACUAUUCAAGGACUAUCGGGAGUUUCAGACUCUGGCUGUGCUCUCUCUCUUCUGUCAUCUCAAUCCCAGAACUCUUCAAGCCACUCAUCAGGAAUUCCCAUGGCACGCCCCUUGGUCAUUCCAAGCAGCAGCCAUAGUAAUUACAGCCAGAGUCAGCUCACUGAAAAGAUCAUAGGAAUGAGCUCACAGGCCUCCACAAGUGGAGUUUCAGAUCGGUUUCGAUCCAAGAUGAACCCUGCCAUUGAUGGAAGUCAUCUUAGUCCCGUACUGAUGUCAGACAAUAGCAAUAUUCUCCAUUUUGCAAUGGCAGAUGGUAUGUUCCAAGGGCCUGGUUUUGUGAACAUUAAAGAUGGUCUUCCCUGUGAAGAUGGCCCAACCAUUGACUUGCUUCAACUAUCAUCGCAGCUCCAGCGAGUUGAGCAUCAAAGGCAAUCCUCGAAGGUCAAGGAAGAAAAUGAUUCUUCCUGCUCUCUCCGGACUACUUAAGGUACUCUGGAAGAGGAGACAAUACAGUGUGUGUGGAAGACACCUACGCUAAUGCUCUUAAUGCAAGUGAAGCAACAAAGCCACAGGAAAGGACAGCCUUAUAAGAUGGCAUCUUCCAUUCUCUCACGGUGCAAACUAGGUCGAUUAGCCUGCUUGAUCUGACAUGGAUCUCGAGGUUACUAUCAUGAGAACUUACCAACUAAUCUAGUUUUUAUCAGUGACAAUAAUGCUGACGUUGGUACAUAAAGGGCCCUCAUUCUGAACACAUGCGGCCUGCUUCAUUAGAGCCAAAUGUUGAUCAAACUGACAUUUGAUUUGGUGAAAGUCUCAAAAGCUGAUUAUGCUGUUGACCUCUUCUAAUCAUAUACGAUCAUGAUGAUAUUAACAUAAAUAUAUUUUCUAGCUUGACGACUUAACAAACUAUUUGAUUUGAGAACGUUAGCGUUUAACAUCAUGGCCCCUGUUGGCAAAGAUGCUGAAACUUAUCAUCGCCCAAGUGGACGUGAAAUACGGCACCAUUCUAGGGCGGUGGACGGCACAAGGAAUAGUCAGUAUUGGAACACUUGGAAACAGGCAACAAAGAACAAAAUUAUCGACUUCAUUAACAUGUCCGUUCAGUCCAAUGCUUGACAACUGACAAGUGAGGGUAAAGAGGAAUAUUGCUAGGCAGAAACUCUUCCAUUUGGAGUUUCUAGGAAAUUAUGUUUCGGAAAAAGUAAUGCAAAUAUGAAUAAACUAUGCGGUGUUGUGUUU